UUUCUUUUUUAAGUAGUAAAGUUAUUUCUGCUGCAUCUAGCAAAUAAAUCUGCCAAUUUAAAAAGUUGAAAAUGCACUAAAUUUUACCUUAAGUUUCAUUUUUGAAUCAAAUAUGCUGAAUGUCAAAUUGCUAUUUUAAGAAACAGAAUGUUGCUUUACUAGGAUUUGAGCCACUUAAAACACAAAGUCAGUUUCUAUUUCGCAUAACCACUAUUUUGCUGUAGGAAAGCGUGUGAAUUCUGUACUUUUAGUUGGUUAAAGAGAGGUUUGAUAGCUUCUAAUUUAGUUAGCAAACACCCAGAGGAGAUGAUUGUCUCAUCAAGGUACCAAUAUGUGCUUAAUCGGAUACCAUAAAACUUCUAGAAAGCUUUUGUUGAAGUUUGUUGAAAGUUUAAUAUUCUGUUACCCCAGUUGAAGGAAGUUACUUUUGAGCUUCUUUUUUAUUGUGGAUUUUUGGUUUUUGAAAUGUUUUGAUUUAAAGUAAUUUCAGACUGAUUGUUUGACUAUUUUUGCACUGUGAUUUUUGAUGACAGAAAAAUGCACUUGAGCGAAAGAACAGAAUAUUUCUGAUUUCUUGCUAAACUGAAUUACAUUUUUGUGUAACCAAGUAAUUUGGACUGUUUCUUAUUCUUUUUAAACUAAAAUGACAUACCAAGUCAUUGUGAUUUAAUCACUUUGUUGAAUCAUUGAAUUGUGUUACCCCACGAGCACUUAUGUUGUGAAUUUGUAGACUUUGUUUCAGAUGCAUGGAACCAAGUUUUAUGUUGGAAACACUGUCACUUUUCAAGAAAAAAAAAUAGUUUGUUUAUAUGUGUAAACAAGUCCUUUGUUAGUCUUGUAAGUUCAAACUGAAGUGUAUUAACAAUGGCACUGUGUUCUCCAAUAAAACAUUGAAUGAA